CUUCACAGGAAUCGGUUCGGUGUUCCGAUGGAAAUACAGUAAUAAGGGUUUCGCUUUCAUUUGUAAUAGACUACAUUAACAGUCCCUUGAGAGCAACGUUCCCACCAAGUUACGAGGGACACCGCCUUCAGUCCUCUCCGAAGUUUGUGAAACGCCUGUCACCUGGAUAGACACAAGAAUGAACCCAAAGGCGUAUUGUUAUUUAUAUUUUUAACUUAUUGGUUGCUGUCCGUCAUUGAUACGACGCUAUUUGUUGUUUUCGUUCCUUGUUUUAAGACAUAUUUUACGCCGUGACAUUUGCGAAGUCAUCGUAAGACGCGAAGGAUAUAUUACAUGCUUUCUUCCGGGUGCAGGUAGGCUAAACUUGCCAAGUAUUGGUGGUUAUAUUUGAAGUCGACUAUAUGCAAAAAUGACCGAAGACAUUGAAUUAUCAGUCUUAAAAAUGAAAAUAGAGGAGCCAUUUGACAUGAAGAAUUCACAAAGUGAACAUACUGACAGACAACAGGUAACAGCAGAAUGUGAGGGCCAGUCCUCUCACGAUACAGGUGAAGCAACUGAAGAACAUCACCUGCUAUCUGCAGAACAGCCACAGAGCAAUGGAGUGCACAGUGUCCAGAAGGUAAGGACUGGAUCAAGACGCUACGUUGUGGAAAUCACUCUAGAGAAGGACCCACACGUUGCACAGGAAUCCGUAAUCCCGCUGCUGGAGAGAAACAACGGGGACUGUAAUGCUGUUGAUGAUCCUCCUGAUACGCCGGUUCACCAUGGUUCUGCAGCCUCCUGUGGGUACAGUCAGGAAGGACCUGGCCAGCAGCCUGUCCAGGAACACGAAGGAAACCACAGCGCCCAUCUGGACCAGGGCCCAUCUGGCUACCAGGCCGGGGUGGAGAGCGGGUUGCGGGGAAACGGGUGUCACUCUCGGCUGAAGCGGAUGGUCAAACCGUGGAUGAUCAUCGCCCUCGUCCUGCUCCUCAUUGUCAUCACUGCUGUUACUCUGGGUCUGCUCCUGUGGGCAGCUCUGUACAAGGAUGAGGACGACACGUUUCAGCGUGACACGUUCGUGGUUCCGCUCUUCUACAGCGGCUCUCUCCGGCUGGUCAACCUGAACUUCACAGACAACCUGCUCUCCCCCUCCUCCAACCAGAGCCAGGCUCUAUCCACACAGCUGGAGGACAAGCUCUCCCACGUCUACAGCACCUCCCCUGCUCUGGGACGCUACUUCUCUGGAGCGGGCCUGUACGCCUUCAGAAACGGAAGUGUCACAGCGUACUACUGGCUGAAGUUCCUGAUGCCCCUGGACCACGAGCAGCUCUUGCACUUCACGCUGAGUCGUGAGAUGGUGUACAACGUGCUCCGUCAGCACCUGUACGACCUGGAGCCUGGGUCCGAUCUGCUCUACAUUGACCCGUCCGCCAUCCACAUGCAGGUUGGGAACAGGACAUUAAUCCGUGACUGAAACCAAGCACAGAGAACAGCCCAGGAAGACACUGCCCGGCCAGAACAAACCCAUUCUGAGGUGACUCUGACCACUCGACCCACGCACACGGAUGGCUUUGUACCCGAGGAGGGGCGGAUGGUGUCGCCUGCUGUGCCCUGAAUGCCACAGUCUGAGUCACCGGACAUGUCCCUAAAAUAGGGAGGUAUGUGCCAACACCAUAUUCAUUCUGGAUUUAUCUGGACAUGUUGAAUUGCUGGAACAUUCCGGAUGUAUGUCCAGGCCUUGAUAUACAUUCCGGAUUCAUCCGUACACUCCAAACCGUUCAGUUCGUCCUGCACGGGCGGACAAAGCGCAACCAAGUCUUUUGUGAGGCAGCUGGCUUUGUAAUGAAGUUAAAGUAAAGCUCCUUUUGUUUACUGCAGCUAUAACAAUCCACUCCAUCAAAACCUGAAAUAUUUUUUAAACAAAAACAAUAAAUAUACAUAGUGUUGGAAUCUGUAUUGCAGCCUUGUGAAUGUAAAAUGUAAAUAUUUAUACUCUGUAAACUGAAUCAUUAUUUAUUAUCCUUUUUUAAUGGUUUUAUAUUGUUUAUAUUAGAUUUGUUUUGUUUCUGCACAGUAACUGCACAAUGAUUAUUUUUGUACUUGACUUUGAUAAAGAGUUUUUAAUGGUUGUCAGAUUGAACAAAUUAUGAAUUUUCACUGUAUUUUACACAGUGUGCUUAAGUUUUAAGUAAACUUUUUUUACCCUGAAAACGUGUGAAUUAUAGAUUUAAUCUAAAGCAAGGACAAAGCACUGUACGUUACAGUAUUCGAUUUAUGAGGCAUUACAUGUAGCGUACACUAGAGGGCAAGUUUGCUCUAUUUGGUCUCUCCAACCAUCAUCUGGUCCUGAGCUGAAUACGUUAUUACAGACAGGGGUUUUAUUGCUAAAGCAGAGGAUUUAGCAAUAAUGAUAUUGAUAUGAGAAGAUUUGUUUUUCACAUUUUAACACUUCAUACGUGACGAUCAUUGUCCAUUCGUCAUGCAUGAUUUCCUGAGGAUAUUCUAUACUACUGUAUGUGUCCACAAAGCACUAAUAAAGAGACCAAGCACAUUGCUACUGCGGUCACAGGCAUUGCAUUUCAGGUUGCCAUUACACUUCAUUACACUCCUUUUUUUUUGUUGCCUUUUGUUUUUAUUUUUCCUGUUAAGCUGCAGUCUGCAUGAAAGGUGCUAUGCAAAUAAAGCUAUUAUUAUUAUUA